AUGACUAAACCGUUACGUAAAAUGUCCACUCCGGUUCGUGAUGCUGUUUGUACAAUGUUUGCUAUUGUUACUAGUUAUCUAAUCAGUAACAGUCUUCAUUUGAUACUUACAAUUUUAGAAAGAUCACAAUUCUCAGUACUUCGUGAUCCGGAUGAUCCAAUGAUGGCAAGUACAUUUCAUACAGUUUUUUCGGAUACAGUCAGUUUUGUUUACAUGUUUACAAGUGCUAUUCGUAUUAUUAUUUAUAUGUGUAAUCCGGCUGUACGUUUACAUCUAAAAGAUUUUCUACCAUGUUAUUAUCGAUGUAGGAAAAAACAUUCAUUAUCAUCAACAACUAUUGCUGUUCCGGUUUAA